UCAAAAAUGAAUUAAUCAAAAUUCUCGUAAAAGCAAAAUAAGCUUAAAAAUGCCUAAGCCAAAAACGCAAUCGAGAUUAGUGAAAUCCGCUUCUCCUGCUCAUGCUGUUCGUCCGGUUCGAGCCCCAACAACUGAUCCUCCGGCUCCGCCGCCAUGCAAUACAAGUCUGUUGGAUCUGCCGGAGGACAUCAUCCGACUGGUUCUCGAAUUCCUGCCCAAAAUAACCGAUAAAGUCCUGUUUGCCUGUUUGGCACCCAAGUUUCGAUUGGCCUUCGAGGGCUGGGCGAGGGCACAGCGAAAUUUCCUGGACAUCGACAGUCUGGAGACGAUGCCUCUGCCGCAGAUGAUCAGGUUCUUCAAGGUGGCUGGACCUUUUAUCCGAGUCCUUCUAGUGGACUGCGCCUCCUUCCAGAAGGAAUCACUGAUAAUGGAGUUCGUAAUGGAGUACUGUCCGAAUCUGGAGGAGAUCACUUACUCGAAUGCCACCGAUGAGUUCCACUAUCGAACCAUUAUGUCCAAAAUGACGCACUUGAAAAAGGUUACUAUUGAGUGCCUGGACGCAGAGGAUGUGCUUAACUUUGAUCUGCAAUCCAACCAGGAGCUGGAGUCCUUUGAAUUGGUUAACGGCUGCUAUACGGGCAAAAACCUGUGCGGUUUUCCCAAUCUUAAGACCUUGAUUCUUCGAGACUGUCUGUUGUGGAACUCGGUGGAAUUUGGCAUACCCCUCAAAUCUCUGCGUACUCUGGACCUCGAUGACUGUUGCUUCGAGGUGAUGAGCCAGAGCCUUUACCAAAAAAUAGCUGAGAAUUGUACUGACUUGGUAGAGCUUUUCUUCUCUGGCUGCGAUACGAACUUCGAGGUGAUUGCCCAGCUGCCCAAACUGGAGCGAUGCACCCUGAAAACCUGGAUGACCUCCAAUGAGCUGAAUAUCGGAUUUCUUACUGUUCUGGCGGAGAACAAGGGCAACAAACUGACCCAUCUGCAUUUAUCCGGUCAGUUUCUGAUCACCAAUGAGCAUGCGCGGUGCUUGGGACAGUUAAGUAGUCUCAAGGAUCUGAGGUUUAGCAACAACGAUGUCCUGGACGACGAUCACUUUAAGUUCUUCAACGAUCUCAAUCAGCUAGAGCGAUUUGGUUUGAUCUGGUGUGGUCGGGUGAUGGACACAGGAAUGAUGAGGAUGGUACGAAAGUGCCUGCAGCUGAAUACUAUUGAUUUGAGCGAUUGCGAGGAAAUAACCGAUGAGUUUGUGAUCAACUCAAUUGGAUGCUGUUCCAAGGGCACAGGUCGCCACAUGGUGAUUAAUGUGAAGGGGACCAAGAUCAGGCAGGGUAUCCUAACGCAUCCGGAUUAUGUAGAUCCCUUGAAUCAGGUCAAGGUGAAUUUUCUUUAAAAUGAGAGACAUUCUGAAU